AUGCUUGACCAAAAGAGAGAGAGACUUAGAAGACUUCAAGACUCUGACACAGGCCAAAAUUGUGGACUGAUUAAAACUAUUCAAAAGGAAAUAGAUGAGCUGCUUGAAGAGGAAGAACUCAAGUGGAGGCAGAGAGCAAAACAAAGGUGGCUUAAGGAUGGGGACAGGAAUACCAAAUACUUCCAUAGAUGUGCUACUCAUAGGAAACAAAUGAAUACAAUCAAAGUGAUUACCAGUGAGGAAGGAGUUAGAGAGCAUAGCCAAGAAGAGAAUAUUGAUGAAGCCUUGCAGUCUGUCCAACCGUGUGUAAGUGAAGAAAUGAACCUCUGGAUUACUAGGGCCUUUACUGAAGAGGAAGUGACAGCAGCUAUUAAAGGUAUGAACCCCCUUGGUUCUCCUGGCCCGGAUGGUUUCCCAACUGUUUUUUAUCAACAUCACUGGGGCACAGUUGGGAAGAGUGCUACAAAAGCAAUUCUUGAAGCUCUAAAUGGCAGUUGGGUGAACCUGGUUAUGGAGUGUGUUACAACUGUGAGUUACUCCUUGCUGGUUAAUGGUGUCCCUCAGAAGAUUUUCUACCCUACAAGAGUCACUGGUCAAAGGCUCAAUAUAGAGAAGACUUCCAUAUUCUACAACAGAAACACUAGGAAAGAGGUACAACAGGCUAUCCUUCAGCAAGCAGGGCUUAGAGCCCAUGGUCCUUUUGAUAAAUAUUUGGGACUCCCUUCUUAUGUUGGGAGGCAAAAAACCAAAGCAUUCACUUCAAUUGUGGACAGGAUCAAAUCUAAAAUGGCUAGCUGGAAGACAAAAGUGCUCUCACAAGGUGGAAAGGAAAUAUUGCUGAAAUCUGUAUUGCAAUCUAUCCCCACGUACAGCAUGGGAAUUUUUAAACUACCUAAGUCAAUCAUUAGGAUUCUCAACAGGCUACUACAGUCCUUUUGGUGGGGUCAAACAGAUAGCAAGUCAAAAGUCCACUGGUUAAGUUGGCAGACAAUGGGAAAACCCAAGGAUCAGGGGGGCAUGGGGUUUAGAGACUUUGAGUUUUUCAAUUUGGCAUUGCUGGCCAAACAAGGGUGGAGAAUCAUUCAAGACCCUACCUCCCUUGCAGCUCAGGUUCUGAAGGCCAAAUAUUUCUCAGGAUCAAACUUUUUCUCACAAAAGAUAAAAAUCUGGCAAGACAAGUGGCUCCUGAGCCUUUCUACUUUUAAUGUGCAAUCUCCUGUAAGAAUACUAAAUGCAGAGGCAAAAGUAGCAGAGCUAAUAGAUCCAGACACUGGACAAUGGAACUUAAACCUUAUCUAUGCCAUUUUCUCAGAACCUGAGGCCAAGAUAAUCAGCAGGAUGACUAUUAGCCAAUGUGAUAGUCAGGAUAUGAGGACGUGGAGGUGUUUAGAAAAUGGGAAAUUUACUGUUAGAAGUGCAUACCAUCUGCAAGGAACAAUGGAGGGAGAUAGGAAGGGGCAGUGCUCAAGUUUGAAUCAUAAUCCAAAGACCUGGAGGAAAAUGUGGAGCCUGCAAGCACCUCAAGCCACGAAGUCCUUUCUGUGGAGAGCAGCCAAGGAGUCCCUUCCCAUGUGUGUGAACUUGUUUAAAAGGAAGAUGGUUGAUUCUCCCCUCUGUCCAGUCUGCCACAGAGUUCCUGAGUCAGUUACUCAUGCCAUUUGGUCAUGUUCAGCUGCACAAGAUGUUUGGUCUAUGAGUGCUGGGAGAAUUCAGAAACUAAAUGUGGAAGGUGGCCCUUUUUUGGAGGUUCUGAAGCAGUACAAAAGCAGGGAAGAGUGCUGGAGUCCCACGGGUCUAAUGGUCAGGGAUAUUAAGCUUGUAUUGUCUAGAAUCUUCAAGAACACUCAAGAACUUCACUCGAUUUCACUCGAUUUCUCACUAAGGGGGAGAAAUGCUCUCAAGACUCAAGAGAAUGCUUGGAGGGGAGUUGUGGAGAAAUGGAGAAGUGAGGGAGGAGAGGAAGAAAGGCAGGAGUGGCUACUAAGUGAUCAUGCUUGGGUGGACAAAGAAAGGGGCAAAAUGGGUGAUGCUUCGACCAAGUGA